AUGAAACAACUGACAGUGAUGGUUCCAUUGAUGGAGGCACUUGAUCAAAUGCCGAGCUAUGCUAAAUUUAUGAAGGAUCUACUGACGAAGAAGAAGAAAAAAAAGCCUGAUCCUGGUGCUUUCACUAUUUCGUACACAGUAGGACCCAUGAAAUUUGAGAAAUCUUUGUGUUAUCUUGGCGCAAGUAUUAAUUUAAUGCCACUGGCCGUCUAUAAGAGGCUUCAUGUAGGGGCACCUACUCCUACAAACAUGCGAAUCGUGAUGGCAGAUAGGUCAAUCAAAAUACCUAUGGGUAUUCUACAUGACGUGCUGGUGAAAGUGGCCGACUUUAUUCUCCCUGCGGAUUUUGUGGUUCUUGACUGUGAUAUUGAUUUUAAGGUUCCUAUUAUUUUGGGAAGACCAUUAUUGGCCACAAGGAGAGUGCUAGUUGAUUUGGAGCUCAAUGAGCUCAAGUUGGAAAAAUGA